CAAAAUCCUGAAGGCUCUCCAAAACAAACACAACUAACAAACCACCAGGCACCCUCAAACCACAGAGCUAGCUACCACUGUCUGGUAGACCAACCAGUCAAAACCAUACACUUUCUUCAGUUUCAAAACCCUAUUUCUCUCUCUAUCUCUCUCUUUCUGAUCAUUAACCAACAAACGUUCCUAGAUCUUCUCCUUACAGAGAUUUGGUAAUUCUUGGAUCGCCCGCAUAUCCACCUCAAAGUCAUACACCUUUUUAAACAUCUCUUUCUCUCCAAUACGCAAACCACACAUCCAUCUGCAGGUCUAUACUUAAUUUCUUGACCUUCUCUUCUCUUUUCAGAACUCCCUUUACCUUAUUUUCUCCCUUCCUUUCACUCCCAAUAAAUUAAACCUUUGAUUUUCCGCUCAGAUCCACGCAAAACAAUCUUUUUUUCAUUGCCUAUUAACUUCUCAUCAAAACCAAGAACCCUUUUCUUUUUCCUUUUUCUCACCUUUUUCCCACUUUUGGCUAUGUUUUUUCAAGCAAACUAGACAUGGUUACAGAGAAGUAACCAAAAGCCUUCUGUUCCGAAACCCUGUUAGGAACAAUGGCUGCACCACUAGGCAAUAAACUCCAAAGCAUGUUGCAGGCUGCGGUGCAAUCUGUUCACUGGACUUAUAGCCUCUUCUGGCAACUUUGCCCACAACAAGUGAUUCUGGUUUGGGGUGAUGGGUACUACAAUGGGGCAAUCAAGACUAGGAAGACGGUGCAACCAAUGGAGGUGAGUGCUGAGGAGGCAUCUCUCCAAAGAAGCCAGCAACUUCGAGAACUCUAUGAAUCACUGUCCGCCGGAGAGACAAAUCCGCCAACUCGGCGGCCUUGCGCCGCCUUGUCGCCAGAGGACUUAACAGAAUCAGAAUGGUUCUAUUUGAUGUGUGUCUCAUUCUCCUUUCCUCCUGGUGUUGGGUUGCCUGGAAAGGCAUUUGCUAGGAGGCAGCAUGUUUGGCUCACUGGUGCAAACGAGGUGGACAGCAAAACAUUUUCACGAGCUAUUCUAGCCAAGAGUGCUCGAAUACAGACAGUGGUGUGCAUUCCUUUAUUGGACGGCGUUGUUGAGUUUGGUACAACGGAUAAGGUUCAAGAAGACCUUAACUUCAUCCACCACGUGAAGACAUUCUUCGCAGAACACCACCACCCUCUGCCGCCCAAGCCCGCCCUGUCCGAGCACUCAACCUCCAACCCCAUCUCCUCUUCCGACCACAUCCCCGCCGUCAUGUACACUGUCGCAGACCCACCCGCAGCCGAUCCCGCCCUAAACGACGAGAUGGACGAAGAUGAAGAGGAAGAGGAUGAGGAGGAGGAGGAAGAAGAGGAGGAGGGGGCGGAGUCCGCCUCUGAGGACGACACCCGAGACCGCAUUGCUCGCGGGGUCACGACGCCGGAGAUGGAGGACGUGACGAGGGCGGAGCCCAGCGAGCUGAUGCAGCUGGAGUUGCCGGAGGAUAUCCGGGUGGGGUCUCCGAACGACGGAUCGAACAACUUGGACUCGGACUUCCACUUGCUGGCGGUGAGUCAAGGAGGGAACGCGGCGGGGCAGGCUGAGUCGAGCGUGAGAUGGGGCCCGAGUGAAGAGGCAUUACAAGUUCAACUACCAGCUUCAGCCCCUCAUCUAUUAGACGACUUGACCCAAGAGGACAAUCACUACUCUGAAACCGUGUCCAACAUUCUCCAAAACCAGUCCAGCCGGUGGCCCACAUCGCCGACCUCCGUUGGCUACAUCACAUACUCCACGCAUUCAGCUUUCACAAAGUGGAGCAGCCGCGCCAGCCACCUCUUCCACCCGGCAGUCGACGGCCCCAGCCAGUGGCUCCUCAAGUACAUUCUCUUCACCGUCCCCUAUCUCCAUGCCAAGAACCCCGCCGACACCUCUCCCCAAACCGCCGCCGACCCCAAGCUGCGCGGCAAGGGAACGCCGCAGGACGAGCUGAGCGCCAACCACGUGCUCGCGGAGCGCCGCCGCCGCGAGAAGCUGAACGAGCGGUUCGUAAUCCUGCGGUCACUGGUCCCCUUCGUCACCAAAAUGGACAAGGCAUCCAUUCUGGGUGACACCAUCGAGUAUGUUAAGCAGCUGCGGCGGAAGAUCCAGGAGCUUGAGGCGCGCAACCGGCACACUGAGGCGGAACACCGUUCCAAGCUCCCUGAGGUAACGGUUCAAAGGACGAGCAGCAAUUCGAGCAAGGAGCAGCAGAGGAGUGGGGUGACGGUGAUGGAGAAGAGGAAGGUGAGGAUCGUGGAAGGGGUGGCGGCGAAGGCGACGGCGGUGGAGGCUGAGACGGCAACAUCAGUGCAAGUUUCGAUCAUUGAGAGCGACGCACUGUUGGAGAUCGAGUGCGUCCACAGAGAAGGGUUGCUUCUUGAUGUGAUGCAGAUGCUGAGGGAGGUGAGGAUAGAGGUUAUUGGGGUGCAGUCAUCAAUUAGCAAUGGGGUGUUCAUGGCGGAGCUGAGGGCUAAGGUGAAGGAACAUGCGAACGGGAAGAAGGUGAGCAUUGUGGAAGUGAAGAAGGCACUUAACCAAAUCAUUCCCCAUCCUCUCCACUGAAUACCACUCUUCUAAUUUUUCAUGCAUUAACUUUAUGGAUUAACUGCUCUUUAAUUUUUCUUGUAAUAUCUAAUCACAAUGGCUUAAUGUGUAUCUAAGAUUGAUUCAAGCCAAAUGUGAUCGUCUAGCUAGUCAAUAAACCCAUAAGCAUUCUCAGAAACCCUCGUAACAUAAACAAACUAGGAACCACUGCUCUCAUUAGAGUUUUAGUCAUCAUUAAUUAAACUAGUUCACAUUA